AUGUCAUCCGCGCCUUCUGCUCCGGAUAAUACCUCGCCUUCCACCCCGGUGAGGUCCAACAGGAUCUCCCAGGAUCGUCGCAAUGCCUCGUCGCCGCCCUCGCCCGACGACGCUUCCAAGGUGACACCAAAGACCCUCUCGCAAACCGGCCGCUCCAGGACCGCGCCGCUCUCUCUCGAGUCGCUGUACCCCGCCGCCGGGCCCCAGCUGUCCGAGCGCGACAGCAUCUUCGCCACAAAUUACAUCCCCACCGACAGUCCGGCCGAGUCGCCUCGACUGCAGCCACGACCCGACUCCUCCUCCAGCCCCGCCGACUCGCAAGAGCAGGACCAACCCUCCGCCAUGGCCGAGGUUUCGCCCAUCCGGAAGCUUGUCGACCCGCCGUUGCUUCGGCAAGCCCACCACCACCACCUCUUGUCCGCCGCCAAUGCCUCGUCGCCACUGGAACAUUCCACCUUCGCAGAGGACUAUCACAACUUCAUGCACAGAAACAGCACUACCCUGCAUACUAACAAUACACAGCAGCAUCCCAAGGGGCAUUUCAUAACGCAGAUUCUGGGUGGCGCCAGGACCGAAUCUCCACCAAAGCAAGAUAGCACUCCCCCCACGGCUGCCGCCGCCGUUGACUCCCCUCACCAACACACCGGCACCCCUCGCGACGCUCCACCCACGCCCGACGCAUUUGACACGGACGAGAGAGUACGCUAUCGGUCGUGGCGGGAAGGGAAACCCACAUUGAGUGUGUCGGCACACCAGAAUAUGAAGGAGACGACCAACACACGCGUCGAUAAGAAGAUCGAAGCCACUCUUCCCAAGGCAGAGCCAAGCACCGUUGCUGCACGCAGUCGCAAGGCCAGCCAUUACCUGGGUCUGUUCAAGGAAAACGAAGCGGCGCAAGAGCAAAAGAAACGGGACGAGCGCGCAAAGGACCGUUUGGCGGAAGUCGCGCCUCAGGAUGGCCGCGAUCCUGCAGCAGCCGAAACAGAGCUGAGGAUACCGGCGGCCGAGAAGACAAGUGAUCCUGUCGGCACACCCAUCCGCGAAGAUCGGCGCCUAGACAUAUCAACCUCGCCAAGAAAGCCACAAGUGCCGCCUGAGCCGAUCUGUAGCCCUAGUCGUACAAGAGCCGAGGAAGACGAAACUAUCACGAUAAGGCCUCACGGCAUUCCAAUAAACCUCUUGGAGGAAAUCAGGAACUUCCAUAAUCUCACUCCUGGUGGCCAGCCGGGAACUCCGCUUUCCCAGGCUUUGUCGACAGCCGAAUCCCAGCGUGCAAGACCGACCUCAGAUGCCCCAAGCAAAGAGCCGAGCGACUACUUUGGAGACGCUGAUACUGCUCAGGAAGGCAAGGCUGUCGCUUCCGACGAAGACGAGGAGUCGGAGAGGGAACACAUCUCUUCGGCGCUGUACUUCCCUCACCGUCAACUUACGCCAACCAAGUCCACUCCUGAGCAACUAAGUCCGGUGCGGGAAGAGUCUCCGCUGCAGAGAAUCGUGUCAAGGUCCUCUACGCGAGGCUUCCCUGCAGGUUGGAGGGAUAAAGAAACCACCCCGACUCCAGAUGAAGUCCAGAUAUCCUUGCAGACACAGGACGAGCAAAAGUACCUGCAUGGUGACCUCAAGGCCCAACCACGGUCGCCAGACGCAGAUCUCAGUUUUGUGUCCGAGUCGGAUGUCACCGCAUCCGAUUUUGGCUCGGAGUAUGAGUCUUGCGAUGAAUCUGCUCAGUCCACACAAGGCUACGACAGUGCAACUGAGGAAUUGGGCACCACUCCUACCCAGACUUCUUACAAGAAAGAGGUUACUUCAGCUCCGAAGCCACAUCAUCAUCACCAUCACCGUCACCAACCAACGGCACCACUUGGUGCUGUUGAGCUCAAGCCUUAUGAUCAUCAGGUCGGUGGCCAUAGUACCGUCUAUCGGUUUUCGAGGCGCGCCGUGUGCAAGCAACUGAAUAACCGUGAGAACGAAUUCUAUGAGACGGUUGAACGGAAUCAUCCUGAGCUGUUGGAUUUCUUACCGAGGUACAUCGGUGUCCUCAACGUGACCUACCGGAAGGCUCCCAAGAAGAGAAAGGCGACAAAGAGUACCAAAGACCUAGAAAAUGGUGUCAAGUCAGAGAUCGAGCCUCAAGCCAAGGACCAGUCCGAGAAGGCCUCCACCGAACUCGAAACUCCAGCGAAACCUACUGGUAGCUCAUCCGAUAACCAGCCAAGGCUCGUGAGCCAUUCGCAGCAAAUGACACCGGCCAUUCCCCAAGUCAUUUUUGAGAACAACAUGCACAUCAUCCCAGAUAAUCUCUUCCGCCUCCCGCCACGAGCACCAUUGCCCAGGCCGCACACAGGAGACGCUUCCCUGCUUUCGCAGCAGUAUCGCCGGCAUCAGAGCCUAGAUGCUACCAAUCGCACGGGAAAACAUUCCACUGGCACAAGUCCUACCCGACCUGAGUUGAAGCACCAUCCCAGCUGGGGUGCCACCACCGUGAACCGGAGGCUCCGUGAGCAAGUUCUCAAAGAAGUCUUCACCCCUCCGACCAUUCACCACCAUUUUCGUCACGACCGGAGCCACCACAGCCUUCCCGGUAGGAAAUGUUCCCUCGCCCCAGACGCAGCAUCAAGUGGCAACCCCCAUGCUCGAAGAGGGAGUGCGGAUGUUGCGACAAGACGAGAAUCCAUGCUUGAUGAGGGCGGUAGCCCACGAAAGCAAGUUCUCAAGUCCGAGGCUGAACGCCACUUCUUGAACCAGCCUGGUUCCGGGGAGAGCAGAUCAUUGGAAAGAUAUCCUUCUCUGCCGCAGCUGAACGGUCUCGAUUCUGCAAAAGACGUUGUCGAAGAGACCAUCCCAGCUAAGCAACGACAGCCGCGGCGCCGACAUUCGGGUGGUGGACUUCGUCGCCGGCCGACUGAGCUGGACGAAGGAGGUCGGGGCCACCUUGAGUACCACGAAGAGGAUGGAUACGGAGGGGAUGGUGAGGAGGACGUUUUCGCCAUGGAUGAAGACAAGAAGCCAGAAGCCACGGAAGAAAACUCUACGGAUGCUAAGCCUACACAACCUGACCAAAUGAAUGGCCAUGUAGUACCGAGCGGCGGCACCGGCACUGGCUCUAUGCUUCCAGCUCCAGUAGCCAACCCAGUCACAUCCCCCCUUCCCACAGUGGAAGAUCCAUCAAACCCCAAGGAAGCGGCCCAGCCGGACGAACGUGUGCAGCACUUUAUCCUGCUUGAGGAUCUCACUGCAGGCAUGUCUCGGCCCUGCGUUCUCGAUCUGAAAAUGGGAACACGCCAGUACGGCAUUGAGGCAAACGAGAAAAAGCAGCGUUCGCAGAGACGCAAGUGUCAGAUGACAACGUCGCGUGAGCUCGGCGUGCGCGUCUGUGGAAUGCAAGUCUGGAACGUCAAGACCCAAUCGUACGUUUUCGAAGACAAGUACUUUGGCCGCGACCUCAAGGCCGGCAAAGAGUUCCAAGAUGCGCUCACUCGUUUCUUCUUCGAUGGCCACGGCUACACGAGUGCAACCAAGCAUAUUCCCGUCAUUCUGGAGAAGAUCUCGACGCUCGAGAGGAUGAUCCGUCGGCUUCCUGGAUACAGAUUCUACGCAAGCAGUCUGCUGAUGUUGUACGAUCGGGGCGACAGCCCAAAAGGAGGGCCCUCGCCUCCAAGAAGCCGCCGCUCAUCACAAGACAAGGACAACAGGCCCACGCUGGAGCAAGAAAAGAAGGCAAGGUCUGAGAUCAAACUGAAGAUCGUCGACUUUGCCAACUGUGUGACGGCUGAAGACGAGCUUCCGGAAGAUAUUUCGUGUCCACCUUCGGACCCAGAUGGCGUGGAUAAGGGCUACCUGCGCGGGUUGCGGACGCUGCGCAUGUACUUCCAGCGCAUAUGGCGCGACAUGAACGAAGACAAGGGGUACGUCGAGCGCGGCGAAUGCGAGGGCCUGCGGCUCGGCGAGGGCGAUCUCGGCCACGGCAUGGUCCUCGCGGGAUGGGAAGACGGGCCGAUCGUGGACGAGGAUUCGGGCAACGUCAGCGUGUAA